GAACCAAGCAAAGCAUCAUCUCGCAAUCUCCUAAUAUCACUAAUAAGGUACCUAUCACCAAAGCUCUCCCACGACAACAAAUACCUCGUUGAACUCGCCAUCCUUUUCACGGCACGAGUCCUCAACUCAGAGAGACACUGACAACUACUUCGCACACGGCCACCCAUUGUUCGUCAUGAAGAUCGAGCCAUCACAUCCGAUACCCCUUCCACCGUAACGUAGCGUUCGUUCCUCCCCGUCCGUCUCGCCACCGAGAGUCAGUCCGACGACCAUGUUUUCCUCGGCGUUGAAGUCCUUCGCCUCCAGCAACAUCACCUCCAACUAUUCCAUCUCCCAGUCCGUCACUUCGACCGCCGGCCCCUGGAAAAUCUACGACUGCAAGAAGAAGUCCACGGGGAAAGCCUACAGCCUCUUCGUCUUCGACAAAAAGUCCCUAGACAGCCACGGCAACUCCCUCGGCCGCAGCGGCGCGUCCGCAUUCAAGCGCGCCGCCGAAGAAGUGGUCGAGCGCCUCAGGAAAGAAGCAAGCAGCCUCGCCAAGCUGCGCCACCCUAGCGUCCUCGAACUCGUCGAACCCGUCGAGGACACCCGCGGCGGCGGCCUCCAGUUCGUGACCGAGGCCGUGACGGCGUCGCUCGCGAGCUUGCUGCAGGAAAAAGACGAUCAGGAACGCGGCGGCGGCGUGGGUGGUCGGUCCGGCCGUUAUGUGACGGAGGAUGCCGACGGCGUCCGUAGGCGGCGCGAAUUCGAGAUUGACGAGCUUGAGAUCCAGAAGGGUCUUUUGCAGAUCAGUAAGGCUCUGGAGUUUCUGCAUGACAAUGCCGCGCUGGUGCAUGGGAACCUGACCCCCGAUGCUAUUCUGAUCAAUGCCAAGUCGGACUGGAAAAUCAGCGGUCUGGCCUUCUGCAGCCCACCGGAAAACUCGAAUAAAGCUACCUCGUUCCAACCCGUCAGCUUGGGCGAAAUCCUCAACCUCGACCCGCGACUGCCCCGGUUCGUUCAGCUCAACCUCGACUACACAUCCCCCGACUUUGUCCUCGACAACAACCUCACCGCAGCGGCCGAUAUGUUCUCCCUGGGCCUGCUCUGUAUCGCCCUGUACAAUUAUCCGCACCGAUCCCCGCUCGAGGCGCACGGCAGCCUCUCGACAUACAAGAGACUCUUUUCCUCUUCUUCCACCGUUCCCUCCUCGUCGAACGGAUAUCUAUCAUCGAGAACCCUGCCACGGGAUCUGUCGGCGCAUGUCUUGCCGAGACUGAUCACGCGGCGGCCGGCACAGCGCAUGGGCGCGCGGGAGUUCCAGGACAGCGAAUACUUUGACAACAUCCUGGUGUCGACGAUCCGUUUCCUCGACUCGUUCCCGGCCAAGACGCCCAACGAAAAGGCGCAGUUCAUGAGGGGGCUCAACAAGGUCCUGCCGUCGUUCCCCAAGGCGGUGACGGAGAAGAAGCUGCUCCCCGCCUUGCUGGAGGAGAUGAAGGACAAGGACCUGAUCUCGUUGAUUCUGCAAAACGUCUUCAAGAUCAUCGAGCUCUUGCCGGCGCCGAAGCGGCCGUUUGGGGAAAGGGUGCGGCCGGUGCUCAAGCAGACGUUCGUGUCGGCCGGCAAGAAGGAGAAUGAGCCGCAGAGGGAUCCGGCCAAAGACGCCGGGCUCAUGGUCGUCCUCGAAAACAUGCCGUUGGUCACCGGCAAUUGUGGCGGCAAGGAGUUUACGGACGAUAUCCUUCCCAUCAUCAUGGCGGCUGUCGAAUCAACGACGCCGGCAGUGGUGGAUGCGGCGCUGCGUGGUCUCCCCUCGGUGUUGCCGGUGCUUGACUUCAGUACCAUCAAGAAUGAGCUGUUCCCGGUGAUUGCGAUGGUGUUUGGCAAGACCAGCAGUCUGGCCAUCAAGGUCCGCGGCUGCCAGGCGUUCGUGGUGUUGUGCGGCGGAUCCAACGACGCGCUGAACGGCGGACUAAACGACUUGGGAAUACCAAAAAAGAAGCCCUCCUCUUCGUCGAGCGCGCUGGACAAGUACACGAUGCAGGAAAAAAUCAUACCUCUGAUCAAAGCGAUCAAGACGAAGGAGCCGGCGGUGAUGAUGGCUGCCUUGGACGUGCUUCGCGUGGUUGGCGAGGUGGCGGACGCGGACUUUGUGGCCAUGGAGAUUCUGCCUAUUCUGUGGAGCAUGAGCCUGGGGCCCCUCCUCAACCUGAAGCAGUUCCGGUCGUUCAUGGAACUGGUCAAGUCAUUGUCGGGCAGGGUGGAGGAGGAGCAGUCGAGGAAGCUGCAGGAGCUCAACACGCACACUAACGGGACGAUGGGCGGCGGGUCGGACGAUCUGCUCGCGUUCGGGGGCGUGACGGGCACUUCGUUUGAUGCCUCGAACACGGCCACGGAGAACGACUUUGAGCAGCUAGUCAAAGGGAAGGGGGGGUCUGGGCGGACGUCGACGGUGGCAGAUGGGUUUUCGAGCUGGGAUGAGACGCCGGCGAGUGGCGGGGCCAACGCCAAUGUCAGUGUGGUGGGGAGGAUAUCGACGGGGUCCGGGUCGCGGUCCAAUACGCCCAAGGCCGCGGCCUUUUCGUGGUCGACACCGAGCCUGACGCAGACGCAGGCGCAGCCCAGCCAACUGGGUGCACUUAAGCCCCAAGCUCAGCCAGGAUUCCGGACGGUAACGCCAGACCUAGCAGCGUUCCCCUCAAUACAGCCGGGGACGACACAGUUCUCGCAACCUCUGCAGCCGAUGACACAACAAAAGACGGGACCAUCGCCGGGGUCAUCAACUUCAAUCCACUGGAGCAGCACUGGGACGGCGGCGGCGGCGGCGUCAUCGAAUCCGUGGGCCUCGACGGGAAGUUCCAGCACCGUGAAUACGGGCUCUGGCUCGGGUGGCGUGAGUAUGGCGAUGGGCGGGAUGACGCUCGGAGGCCAGAGGCCCGGUAUGGCAUCGUCGCAGAGCUCUUUUUCGCUGCCCCCGCCACCAAGCGGAAGUACGGCUCUUAACAGCAGUAAACCGAUGGCGUCGUCUGGGCUUUCGGGUUUCAGCUUGCCACCACCGACUUCACAGCCAGCGUCGGGUAUGAUGGCCGGUCCGAUGAUGAGCUCCACGAAUAGGCAGACGAGUGCGACAGGAACGGGUGUGGGUACGGGUACGGGUACAGGUACGGGGAUGGGGCUGGGGAUGGGGAUGGGCUCGUCAGGGAGCAUGAAUAGCUUCAUGACACAACAACAGAACCAGCAGGGCCAGGGGCAGGGACAGACACAAAAGUCUGGACUAGACAAGUACCAGAGUCUGAUAUAGUGUAAAUAGGAGAGGGAUGAGGCAGGCUGACAGCAAGCAGCAAGCAGCAAGCGUUAAUGGGGGGAUGCUUGUCUUGUGUCGGGAGUAUGAAUACCAGCGACUGACAGAUCAUUCUGUACGAUGGUGAGCCGGAAAUACCUACGACAUGUUGGUGAGACCCGGACGGAGUAGCCACAAUUACUAUAUGUACCCAGACGUCCUCGAAGUACCUACCAUAACGCACAUUACGUUGUAUAUACAUUUAUAGGCAUUUAUACGGUAGGUACACACGAUACAUACCUAUAAGGUAAGGUAGGUGGUACCUUAAGGUAUAGGUAGAUCGGAUGGGUCGAAGAUGGGUCGAAGAUGGGUCAAGGAUGACACUGAUUUAAGGUAGGUCAAACUAAGCUCUACACUGAAGGGAAUAGAGAAUAGACGAAUCAGAGAAC